GGUGGAUAAACAGCGACGGGACAAUCCGACACUUGGGGGCUUCAUGUGUAUAGUAAAAUAAAUUAACCGAGAGGAAAGGAUACGUGGACUCCUACGAGUCAAUGCCAGCACCUUCAGGCUAAGCAGCACUGUGAGACUCUGUAAAAACACUCAACGCUACUGAAGCGAGGAGGCAAGGUCAGUGUCGGUGUGAAAAAAGCCUUAUUGACUACUGCGGUGGCGGGGCAGGAGCACACAACUCAGGAAGAUGGCAUCACCUUUUGUGCCUGUCCCUGUGCCCAUGGACAGAGCCCUGUCCGGCGGUAGCAACAAGCUGAGACGUCCACAGCGAGCUUCUUCACUGGGAAGCGUCUCCAGCAGCUUGGAGUCCUCGUCCCCCAUCAUCGGGAUGGCCGGGGAGAACCCUGGAAGAGAAUUGUUAGGCUCCCAGCGUUCGUCCCGCUGCGCAGACAGAGCCGGACGCAGCCGGACGCCGCCGCCGCUCCAGAGCCCUGUGACGCGGGCUCGGGUAAACGGGACACUGGAAGCUUCUGUGGAGUACUCAAGCUGCCCUCGCUCCGUAUCGGAUCCUGAUGGCAGUCAGCAAAUUGAGGAGAGGCCUAUCACGCCCACUGUGUUGGGGUAUGAGGUCAUGGAGGAGAGGGCCAAGUUCACGGUAUAUAAGGUCCUGGUCAAGAAGACUCCAGAUGAGAGCUGGGUUGUUUUUAGGAGGUACACAGACUUCUCCAGGCUCAACGACAAGUUAAAAGAAAUGUUUCCAGGCUUUCGCCUCUCGCUGCCUCCUAAGCGCUGGUUCAAAGAUAACUAUGACAGCGACUUCCUGGAAGACAGACAGCUGGGACUGCAGGCUUUUUUACAAAACUUGGUCGCUCACAAGGACAUCGCCAACUGCCUGGCAGUGAGAGAGUUUCUGUGUCUUGAUGACCCACCAGGGCCUUUUGAUAGUCUGGAGGAGAGCAGGGCGUUCUGUGAGACUCUGGAAGAGAGCAACUAUCGUCUCCAGAAGGAGCUCCUUGAGAAGCAGAAGGAGAUCGCCUCACUGAAGAGGAGGCUGGAGGAGAGGGAGCAGGCGAUCCUAGUACUGGAGAAGCACAUCAAUGGUGAGUGUGUGAGCCCAGAGUCGCCGUGUGGUUUGUCAGCUCAGGGCAGCGAGAGCAGUGCAGACGUAGACGUUGAAUCAUCCGCUGCAGAGGCUGAUCAGGACAUGCCUGACGACACCGGUGGCAGGUGUGAGGUCCAGCCGGUGCGAUCCUCUGCAUGUUGGUGCGGGCCGUCACUCAGCGUCUCUCCUCCAGUCAUCCAGGUCACGCAGCUUUACCACAAGAAGCUGGAACCCUAACGCCGAACCCUGGUCCUCCUCCUCCUCCUCCUCCUCCCCUGCUCCACCACCCCCUCGUUCCAUAUGCUGGAGUCCUACUCAGUACCCAUUUUCUGUUUUUCGGGCCUCUCUUUGACUUCACCACUCCCUCCCCCCCUCAUCACAUCGCGUCCUUCCACCUUCCAGAUUGUAGCCGCUGUUUCACCCUUCGUUGUCAGAGUUGGACCUGAUACAGCAUUUCCCUCAAGAUCAGCGUGUAGGCUUAGGAGGGUAGUAUAGUGGAACAGGCUGUUCCGUGGGUCCAGGGAUAUUUUUUCUGGCACCGACAGAAGACAACAAAGGCAAUGAAAACCUCAGACUAGGUUGCUCUUACGUAAAUUGUGGAAUUUCUUGACCCCCCUUCCAGUUCACUUUUGGACCUCCCACUGUGACUGCUAAUUUGGAUUAAGUCGAUCCUGCAGUCACUAAGCCAAAGUUUGGCUUCUUGACCAAAAAAGUAAAUAAAUAACUUGAAGACUCGCCACUGGUUUGAUGACUUUCACAAUUGUGACAAUCGACGGAAAACCCGGACCGUCAUCUCGUCAACAUCCGCAGAUGUGCAUCGCCUUAUGGCUCCUGACAAGAAGCCGUCUCCUCAAGCCAGAGAAACAACACACCCAUGCGGUCAUAGGAACAAGUCUGGUUAAAUAAAAAGUCAGACUCGGGAUUGGUAGCUAGGUGGGUAUCACAAAGGAGCGGUCGUCUUCUGUUCACACGUACUUCCAUGUCGUUGCUUUAUACUGCCAUCAUCAGUCACUGCACGAGUCAGACCUCCGUUCUUGAGAAACAUCAAUGUGUUUUCACUUUCAGUCCGACUCCGUUUCCUUCCAAAAGCCUGCAUUCCCUCAUGUUUUUAGUGCUAAGAGUGAUUUGUGGUAAACCAAGUCCAGUGAGCGACACUGACGUCUAUAACAUACCGAGGACAGAGCCAAGAUAUGCAAUGGCCAAUAUGCACACUUAUCCUGCCAUUUCUCCAUCACAUUCCAGCACAUAUACACACCCACAUUUGGAUUGUACAGAAUUGGUUCACUUCUGGGCAUUGAUUAUGGCGAUUUAAGUUAACUUUAUAAAUAUUGACAGCAGAGCUGCUCCGGUGCUUCUCCUGCUACGGUGGAGAUGGAGCCUGCACUUAGUUUUCUCAACCUCCGCUAUGGCGAAAGGGUCGCUUUCCCCUAGUUUGCAAAAACAUGCCUUUCAACUCCCCUCUGCAAGUGUGCGGCCGUGUAGUUUGGGUUUUAUUUGCUAAAGAUUUUAAAAUAUGCGCUUCAAAGAGUUCUGCUUCCAAGCGGAUGCAAUUCAGGUGAAUAGAGCUCAUUGUUAAUCGUUUGUCAUCGCUGAGAGCAUCUAGAGUAACCGCCACUGUAUUUGGGUGGCAGAAGAAGCUUUAGAGCAGGAAGUCUUAAGAUCCCAGCAGAUAAAACUAACUGCAAGGUUAAAUACGCAUAAGAGUAAGUUCUGUAAUUUCAAUGAAAUGUACCCUUUAAGAGACUUGAUGUAUUUAUUUUUAAGGCAAACCUCAACUUCAGUCAAGAAAUGCAGAAAGAAGUUCCCCGCUAUAUCAUAGUGGUGCUAAUUUCCCUGAAAUAAUCCAGAAGUUGUGACCUGUAGACUAAUGAGCUGCAUUUCUGAGAGUAGGGCGGUGUUAGGGUUCCUUUUACCAACACAGCCUUGGUUUGAUGGCCAUUAAAGAUGACGAGCUGAACCGUGGUACUGCUGUUUCAGGAACAACUGUGUGCCAUAGGUAACUCUGUGUCUGCAUCGAGACUGUUACCAGGUAAACAAAUCAUCUGCAAAAGCCAUAUUUUUAGACCUAAUUAACACUUGAGAGGCAGAGGUUUCACAUGUGGUUGUGUGUGCUGACCAGCUGCUGUUUUCACUCUGUGAUGGUGAGUUGAUGAAGUGUACAACAGCCACAGCUGAUUCUGACCUGUCUCAAAAACCGGCCCGCAGAAGGCCGUGCGACGCACUUUAUGGAUGAAUGGCAACGCGUAACGUUUGCUAGGAUAUUGUUUUUACUGCUUUGCCUGAGAGGGAAACAUGCCUUUUCCAUCACUGAAUCUGUCUGGGUUCCCAACUGGAUUUAAGAUGUAAAUGUUUUGAUUUAACCUGCGUUAGGUUUUGUUCGGUUCCUCUGUAAAUUUCCUUCUCGCUAAUUCUAAGUGCCUUGAAUAUUUUUUUUUUCUUUUGAUGCGUUUGAAUAGCUUUAUAGGUUUGUGUAGGACAUGAAACAUAUCCACUAUGUCUCUCUGAUGGAAAUACUGUUUUAAAUAAUGCACCUAUGUAUAUGUUGCUUGGAAUAGACUGAACAUGACUUGUUUUUGUAAUAUUACAUGAAUUAAUAUGGAGUCUUAGUUCAGAUACACACCUACAGUUGCACUAUAAAAAAAAAAAACAACAAUUUCUAUGAACAACAUUUGGUAUCACCGGUAAGAUUUAAAGGGAUGAUUCACUGAGAAAUUAGAAAUGUAUGCUGUAGAUACACGUCAUAGCAGAGAUGUUUAUAAAAAGGAAAUAUUUAAUUCACACACAAUUAAACACGGAGUGAUAUAGUGAA